AGUAUGCAGUAACAUUAAGCCUUCCCUAAAAUCUGAAAACUGGUAUGCUGCCUUUCCCCGUGACGUGACCCUCCAGCUGCCCGGACCUCUUACAUUCCAGUCCACUUCUUUCCUUGAGCCACAGGCUCCAAACAGGCGUGCUUUUGCUCCACGUGGGUCUAUGUAUAUAUUGGUUGCCUGGGAGACUCACGCCGGGCGGGGCUAUAUUGACGCCACAAUAGAAACAAGCCAAUAGCCGUGACGUAUGUCAGUGACGCGACGCGGGGUGGGGCUUUCCUGGCCCGGGCGCAAUGAGGCGGCUGCCCGCUGGGUGGCGCCGAUUUCCCGGGGAGGUCCUUUCUGGGCCCCCGGCGGAGGUGGGGGAGAGGCGGGCAGGCACCGAGCGAGGCCAGGGAGCCCUCUGCGUCAGCCACUGCUCGCUGCUCCGCGCCAGUACCAGCCAGGACUCAUCCGCAGCUCCAUGCUUGUGCCCGGUUCGACUCGUCCAUCCUCCGAGAAGAGGCAGCCCAUGAGGCUCCCAGUACCCACUGAGUGCCACCCUGAAGGAUGUCCCAGCUCUCCUCCACCCUGAAGCGCUAUACAGAGUCGUCCCGCUACACAGAUGCCCCUUAUGCCAAAUCGGGCUAUAGCACCUACACCCCCUCUUCCUAUGGGGCCAACCUGGCCACCUCCUUCCUGGAGAAGGAAAAACUUGGUUUCAAGCCGGUCUCCCCAACCAGCUUCCUCCCUCGGCCCCGAACCUAUGGCCCCUCCUCCAUCCUGGACUAUGACAGGGGCCGCCCCCUGCUGAGACCUGACUUCAUUGGGGGUAGUAAGCGCGCUGAGAGCCAGACCCGGGGCAAUGAAAGGCCUUCAGGCAGCGGACUCAACGGAGGCAGUGGAUUCAUGUAUGGAGUGACCAGCAACUCCCUCAGCUACUUGCCCAUGAGUGCCCGAGACCAGGGGGUGACCCUGAGCCAGAAGAAAUCGAACAGCCACUCAGACCUGGCCCGGGAUUUCUCCAGCCUCCGGACCUCAGAUAGCUACCGGACUUCAGAUGGCUACCGGACCUCAGAUGGCUACCGGAUAGACCCGGGGAACCUGGGCCGCAGCCCCAUGCUGGCCCGCACCCGUAAGGAGCUCUGUGCCCUGCAGGGCCUCUACCAAGCAGCCAGCCGCAAUGAGUACCUAACAGACUACCUGGAGAACUAUGGUCGCAAGGGCAGUGCACCACAGGUGCUCACGCAAGCCCCUCCCUCCCGAGUCCCUGAAGUCCUCAGUCCCACCUACCGACCAAGUGGCCGCUACACACUGUGGGAGAAGGGCAAGGGCCAGGUCUCUGGGCCCAGCCGCUCCAAUUCCCCAGGGCAAGACGCCAUGAAUUCGAAGAGUGCCCAGGGUCUGGCUGGUCUUCGAAACCUUGGGAACACGUGCUUCAUGAACUCAAUUCUUCAGUGCCUGAGCAACACCCGAGAGUUGAGAGAUUACUGCCUUCAAAGGCUAUACAUGCGGGACCUCGGCCACACCAGCAGCGCACACACAGCCCUCAUGGAAGAGUUUGCAAAACUAAUCCAGACCAUAUGGACGUCAUCCCCCAAUGAUGUGGUGAGCCCGUCUGAGUUCAAGACCCAGAUUCAGAGAUACGCACCACGCUUUGUCGGCUAUAAUCAGCAGGAUGCUCAGGAGUUCCUUCGCUUCCUCCUGGAUGGGCUCCACAAUGAGGUGAACCGGGUGACAGUGAGGCCGAAGCCCAGCCCUGAGAACCUUGAUCACCUCCCGGAUGACGAAAAGGGGCGGCAGAUGUGGAGAAAGUAUCUAGAGAGGGAAGACAGUCGGAUUGGGGAUCUCUUUGUUGGGCAGCUGAAGAGCUCCCUGACGUGCACUGACUGCGGCUACUGCUCCACAGUCUUCGAUCCCUUCUGGGACCUCUCGUUGCCCAUUGCAAAGAGAGGUUAUCCUGAGGUGACAUUAAUGGAUUGCAUGAGGCUCUUCACCAAAGAGGAUGUGCUGGAUGGGGACGAAAAGCCAACAUGCUGCCGCUGCCGAGCCAGAAAACGAUGUAUAAAGAAGUUCUCUGUGCAGAGGUUCCCAAAGAUCUUGGUGCUCCACCUGAAGCGAUUCUCGGAAUCCAGGAUACGAACCAGCAAGCUCACAACAUUUGUGAAUUUUCCACUAAGAGACCUGGACUUGAGAGAAUUUGCUUCAGAAAACACCAACCACGCUGUUUACAACCUUUAUGCUGUGUCCAAUCACUCCGGAACCACCAUGGGAGGCCAUUAUACAGCCUACUGCCGAAGUCCAGGAACGGGCGAAUGGCACACUUUCAAUGACUCCAGUGUCACACCCAUGUCCUCCAGCCAAGUGCGCACCAGCGACGCCUAUUUGCUCUUUUAUGAACUGGCCAGUCCACCCUCCCGUAUGUAGCAUUGCGGAGCUACAGCCCUUCCCUCUUCCCUGUGGCAGCCCCACGUCCUAAGUUUUUUAAAAAUUCAGAAAAAAAAAACACCACAAAAAAAACAACAAAAUCCUGACAAGUAAGAGAAAAAUAAAAUAAAGCUGCCGAGCAGAAGUUGGUCCGGCCUGGUCGGGGUCUGGAGCAAGGAGCCAGGUGCCCCUGAGCCACGGCGCAUCAGGGAAGACGGACUCAUGUAGAGACGACAGCAGUGUUCCUCAGCUCCUCGGCUUCUCUUGUAAGCAUUUUUAAGUUUGCGGUUUUUUCCUGUGUGUAAUAAACAACAGCAGUCUGUGGGGAGAAGAUCCUCAGGCCACCUGCUGCCCUCUCCUGCCCCACACCUUCUGGGAGGACAGCGCCCUCUGGAGCCUGCUGGGAGCAUCGCUGCUGGAUUGAGUUAGGGAGGAGCCUGUGCCGAAUGCCCCCUGGACCUGCUCACCAGCCCAGAAAGGAAACACCCAUGAGCCAAGAGCCCUCUUAACGCUGCUAAGUCCAGGGGUACAGAUGAGGGGGACAUCUUUGAAAAAAAGCUGGUUUGGGUUUUCAAAAGCCCAACAUUUUUAAAAAAUUAACUGUAACGAACAUGUUCCGACUGGAGACGCCGUCCUUCACACCUCUUCACAGCUGGGACUUCGGGCUGGCCCUCCCUUUUUGUUUUUGUUGGGUUUUGGUUUGGGGGGGGGGGUUCUUUUUUUCCCUUCUCCAAAUGCAACUUCCCUAAUGCUGGCCUCUGUGGUGUUAGGUGAGUGUCAGCCAGGCCCAAGCAGAGUCACAGUAGACCUGGAAUCUAAGUAAGUUUUCUGUUUCAAAAUGUGUUUUUUUCUUUUUUAUGUUUUGGAUGGAAUCUAGUUGCCUCCAAGAUUUGUGCCUUAUACCAUUUGGGGACCAGGGGGUAACUUCCCCUUCCUGAGAUAUCCCUCAGCUGUUUCCCGUUAUCCCAGUGCCAUGUUCAAAGACUCCUGGGGAAAUAAGGUGCUGCCUUUAGCCCCCGGUUUGUUGUGCGUUGCAGUGAGGUUAAGCGGGAAAUGGGUAAAGGAUAUUUCUUCAGAUAGUGUAUCUAGCUCUUCCUGCUGUCCACUCACCCGCCCCUGGUCUACUCCCCAGCUGUUUGAAGGACAGUCCAGGCCCCUUGUCCCUAGAGCUUCACCUUUAAUUUAUUCUCCUCUUAAUGCCCCUGUCCCCAAGCUUCCUGCCACCUGUCCCCUUUCUCAGAGUCUCCUGGACAAAGGCCCUCUGGACUGAGCUGCUCAGGGACACCCAUGCCACCCCUAACCCUCUCUCGGCAUCAGUCUUUGGUCCUACCCUAGGAGCUAAAGCCUGGAUGUCUGGGGCUGUCUCGUAGGAUUCUUUCCCGUGGACUUGAUUGGCCCUCAGUCAUUAGGCAAAACUCCACACUGUCCCAAGAGCCAAGCUAUUCAGCACUAAGGUGUUUUGCACACGCCCACAGGUGGGCCCGAUAAUGCCCUCAGAACCUGGAGUGCUUGAGGCACCCGAGAAAGACACCCUGAGUUUACCUGGCCUGGUACCCUUCUCUAGGGAAGACUGUGAACUGAGCCUAAGGGCUGGUGUACACUUGUUUACUAUGUAAGCAAGAGGCAAAUGGCUGUUGUACAGUGGAGCCUUGUACAGAAUAAAUAGUAGCUUUGAGAACGAA